CGAGUUGAGUUGCUUGCUGAAACAGGGGGUGCUUUUUCUUACAGUGUGCCGAUUGGUGAAGAGGAUUUCGGUCGGGGCCGUGGACAACAGGUGGGCCACCCACUCAGACACAUCCGCUCGCUGCACUUCGCACUCCGCCCGCCACUGCACUUGUUGCGCCCUUCAUCAUGCCUCGCUGUUACAUGGUCAAGAAGCCCAAAUACCAGGCGUCGGCCCGCGACUGUUGGACACCGCAAGAGCCCCAAGCGCCCGUCAGCCCCACCGAGGGCUGCAUCGCGCCCCCAAGUCCCUCGGGGGAGAGCAGCACGCACCACUUCUACCGACCGCUCACCUCGGUCACCCCCUCGCAACACAAUAACUACAACAUUCACGAGUUCAUCCCCAACAACAUUUCGCAGCAUGAUCGGCCCGCAAACUCGUCGAGCAACGAGGAGAUCCUCGGGCAUGACGGUGGCAUCCCUAUUUUCAGGAUGCGCAGCGCCGAGGAGACCGAGGUGGCGCACGACCUGCUCGAACUGUCCAGGUCGCUACCGCCGCUGCCACCUCCGGGACAAGUGUCCGCUGUGCCCCUUAGUUCCAUACACGAGCACCAAGUGGAGAGCAACGAUGAUUCGCAACAACAACAUUUAGACGGUCACCACGAGCCGAUGCUGCACGAGAACAUGGAAACGCCUUGUUACCGGGAACCGGCCGAGCCGAGCAGACACCACGGAGGACCACCAUUGACGCCGCCCACGUCCGAGUACUCGUCGGACGCCGAGAACAACAGCCCGAACCUGCAGAUGGAGCACAAGUCAACGUCGACGUACCCGUACGAGGGCGUCAUCAUGUCAGACGGCCGCUCGAAACGCAAAAGCAUCGCCAGCGUGUCCACCAUGACGAGCACCGAGGCUUCCGAGGAGGUUGAGGACGAGGACGGCGAACUGCCGCCCAGCUCGCCGGGAAACUCGUCAGGUAAGACGCGGUACACGUGUCCGGAGUGCGGCAAGCAGUACGCAACGUCGUCCAACCUGUCCAGACACAAACAGACGCACCGGAGUCUGGACUCGCAGUCGGCCAAAAAGUGCCCGACCUGCGGCAAGGCGUACGUCAGCAUGCCCGCCCUGGCCAUGCACAUCCUCACCCACAACCUCAGCCACAAGUGCAACGUGUGCGGCAAGGCCUUCUCGCGACCCUGGCUGCUCCAAGGUCACCUCAGGUCGCACACCGGCGAGAAGCCGUACGUGUGCGUGCAGUGCGGCAAGGCCUUCGCAGACCGGUCCAACCUCAGGGCCCACAUGCAGACGCACUCGGCGGCCAAGAACUUCCGCUGCAAGCGAUGUGAUAAGUCGUUCGCCCUCAAGUCCUACCUGAACAAGCACUACGAGUCGGCCUGCUUCAAGGAAGGCGAGAGUCCCUGCGGUUCGGACGCCAACUCCAUGGACGGCAGUGACGACGUCAUGGACUAAUCACCGGCCACGUGUGUAGUAGUAACAAAAGCGACUCUCUAUCUUACACUAUGAACGUCUCUUGAAGAAAGAAAGGUUAUAAAUAUAAUGCUCAAAAAGUAAUUAGCCACUGUAAUAACAGCAGAUGAACAACUAAUUUUGUAUUUAUCUAGUCGGUAGAGAUUAGGGGGCAGGUGUGUAUUUUAGGAAACACGAGAUAUAGCGAAGCGUGCAAGUUUCUGCCGUUCUUUCGUCUUUUCGACUACUCUUUCUAAAAAAAAAUCGUACUUAUAAAUAUAUAUAUUUAACUACGUCAAGUAUAAUUCGUCGCGCUGGGGUGCUGACUAUGGACUGCCAAUCUGUGAGGAGACUUUAGAAAGCGUGAAAGCCAAAGGAUAAAAAUAUUAGAGAAAAUACUAACUGCGAACAUGCCUCUAUUUCAUAACUUCUUCUUCCUCUCUCACACACUUUAAUUCUUUAUGUAAAUUAGAUUUUCUCCUGGCGCGACACUCAUCCAUUCUCUCUCUAACUGUCUCUCCCUUCUAUAUCACUCAGGUCCCUUUCAAUUUCUUCAAUAAUUGCUUCACUAAUGGACGGGAAAAUUAUCUUCCUUUAAAGAGCUUCUGCAGUAAUUAUUUCUAUUCUUGAAUUUAAUUGUAGAGAAAAAUUUGCAAUGAAUAUCAAAUAAUUAUUAAUUUAUUGAUCGCUAUUGCAAUUUAAUCUUUCCUACAUUCAAACUCAAGAAUUCAAAAAAUUUAUUGUGGAGGGUCUUUAAAUCGAAUUAAUGCCGGUUUUUGUGACACUUACUUAAUAGCAACACUGCCGCGAAUUGAGAAUAUAAAUAUCGCAAGGGGUAAAUCAGGUGUGGGUGCGACUACUAUUUUCUCUCUCAUAAACUCUUCACGUACGGAUAAAAACAGCAUCCUUCUGCAUGCUUGCGACUUUAUGAGCGGAAUAAUAUUAAACUCACAGAAAUCGGUUUGGUCUACAUUUAGUAUUCAGUUGCGAUACUUCUAGUAUUCACUUGCUCUUCAUCACGUCUUGCGCUUAAAAACACCUUUUUUUCGGUCACCCACGCAUACAUCUGUGCUUCACUAGGUAUUCUUUUGACAGCUCGCCUGCUGCGCGACCCUUGCCGGCCGCGCUCUAAAAUACAUGCGUCCGCAUCCCUCCCCCUCCUUUCUUUACAAAACACAAUAGUUUGACGAGCAGGUAUAAAAACCCUCCCUCAUAAGGCCUGUGUUAAACAGGUAUACAGUUUUUAAAAAGUAAAGCAAGUGAAUAGCAAAAGUAUAGCUGAAGUAUCGCAAAAGUAAACACGAUGCGUAUCUAAAUUUUUUCUGUGAGAAGCGAAGAAUUCCUCCCUGCAUUGCUUGCAUUAUACAGUCAGGUGCGACUAACUUGUUCUUCUUCUCCACUUCCACUAUUAAACUUCGUGAAGGAGGAAAUAAUAAUAAAUUUCAGUACCCGCCGGCUUGAAGUGGGUGGCUGAUGUUGCACGUGUAGUGUAUAAUUGCAGUCGAACAAAUUGAUGCAAUUCGAAGCAAUUAUCCGUGCAUUAGUGCCAACAUCAUGCUGAGCACUUAGCACACGCGUCGAUUUGCAAACUGGAGGGUGAGACAUGCAAUCAGCCGCCCAUUUCAAGCUACCCGUCGGGCUCCCGCAGAGCGAACUCGCACUAAAAAUUUCGAUAAAUGAGAAUUAUUCUAUUAGUUUUUCAACCCCUAUCAACAAAAUUUGACGAAUUCAAUACAACGAACACGGUGGUACCAAAACAAAAAUUUAAAACUCUCAUUGAAUUUAACGACCCUAGCAUAUAUAACCAUAUCCACGAAACCAGAAUCGAGCUCAUGAAAUACAAAAUAAUUACACACCCUGAAGCAAUACUGCAGACAAAAAUUUGAGAUUCGUAUUUAUAUCGAAACGCAACAAUACGGUUAAUACAUAAAUUAUCCCCUUAUCAAUUUAAAAAUUAGAAAGCAUACGGAACAAAAAAUCGAAAAAGCAAUCGAUCGAGAUAUUUCAACACUUACACACAGCUGAUACGCUAAUGAAUUCCCCCUUGAUUGACUGAAGGAAUUUUUUAACUUCACACCAUAUUUAUUAUAUAGAAAUAUAUAGAAUAAAAAUAAAUAUAGGAAUUUCACAAAAACCCGGGUAUGAAAACGAAAAACCAAAACUUCAGCAAUACACAUCACUACACAAAAUUCCCUUCAUUUCGAUCGUAAACGAGUUAUAGUAAGGAGAAAAAUGUUGAAGCAACGAAGCAUGUUUUACUCUAAUUGUCACGCUCGCUGGACUCGCGAGCACUCAGACAAUUCGAUUAGAACACAGUGAUACGGGAUAAUGGAGCCGUGCACGUAUUAUCGCACAGCCUCCACCGUCCUAGCCUAAGUGCUGAAACCCUAGUCACAUAUUUAUGAUUAAAUUAUACUUUUUGCGAGAUCAUUGACGCCAUCCGGGGCUAAACACUUCGCGACUCGAGAACCAAACGAACAAAACGCAUCUAGGGAAUAUAACCAAAAGUUUAAGAAGAAGUGUUGUAAUCUAAUUUUGUACACAACUUGCAAAAUAAUAACCAACACAAAACAAUACCUUUGGCUGAUACAAACAAACAGUUUUAUAGCGUAAAAAACAGACACCAAUGUACUUCUUGAAAACAGCAUAGUUCUCAAAAUUGUAAAAAGAAAAAAAACUCAUCAAAACAAAAAUUGUGUAAAUUUAAUUGAACAAAAAGCAUGUGAACGAAUUUUCUGAUCUCUAGUCGAAUGUGAUUUAUUUAUGAAUUAUUUAAUUUAUUAUAUAAUUUACUAGCUUGUCAAAAUUUUCAUGUAUGAGUUAAAGGACGACUGACGUCAUUAAUUGACCAGCAACAGGUGCAAUUAAAAAAUUUCACAUUCUCAACGCGGCUGGAAAGGCGGCGGCUGCGGGAUUAAUCCCCGCUGAACAGUUCGAUUAUGACACAUCGCUCACUUUCUCCCCCAUUAUUAUUCCAGGCGAAAAUUAUCUCUGGAAGGAAGGUGGGUCUUCGUAUCUGCCACCGUCCCACGGGCCUCAUCUUAUGACGCCGAUGGGGGCCAUCCAUAAAUUAGUUUUCUCGGAAUGCGGGAUGAAUAUUUCCAGCGGUCCCAGAAGAUUUCUCCUCGCUCGGAUUUGGUAUUCAUCCCGGAUUUCGUUUGUCGUCAAUUUCCUCCUCUCUCUAUCUCGACCGCGAGAGACGUGAAUUAUAAAUCGGGUCACCGAAAAAGGGAAGAGGAGGCUCACACUUAUGAACUUUGUGCCCGAGAUAUUCCGGUUUAAUACUCCCCGGGGAAACCCUCGCAGCCUUAGUUGUUGUUUUUAGUUGUUUUUUCCACGCCCUGCCAUUCCGGCUCUCUCUGAUUUGGGCCUGUCGUUUUAAAGGCCUGUAAAUUUUUCAACGCCGACCUCCUCUCUUCUUUUCCUUUUAAUUAUUCCACGCCUCCGGAUCGAUAUGAACCGGUUUUUCCUCCAACGUUUGCCUUCUGAUUGAUUUGGCGGGCCAGUCAAUUAAAUGGGCUAUUCGGGCGUCAAUCAGUCAGACGAACGAACGAACGCACGCGUGUCACACGCACUCCCUUACUUUAUUUCUUUCCUGGCUGCUUUUUUAUUCCAGUGCGUGCUUCUCUCGAGCCUGCUUCUUUUCUCUCGGCUAAAAAUGAAACACUCGAGUUCCCUCCCUUUGUGAAAUGUGUCACGUCACCUGACUGAUAAGCGCCUCAUGCAUGAGCCGCCGCCUGUAUAUAUGCAUAUAAAUUCCAGCCAGCGUUUAUGCAGAAGAAAAUUCUAGUCAGGUGCCAGAGGUCAAAUAACGACAGCAGUCCUCCAUUUUCGUCACAUCUUAUGUACGCAAAAGGCUAUAAAAAAAGUAUAUAUAAAAUCAGAGCGACUUAAAGACGCGGACAGUUUCAAGAGUUUCCGAAUUGCAGAGUCAAUAAAAAACUGAACAUACAAACAAACAAACAAACUUCCUCCAGAGAAGAACAAUGAAGAAAUUGAAGUGUAUUAUAAAAAGAAAGCAAUAAUUAAAAUUGAAUUUUUGAUGUUUCAGAGGCUAGAAGUAUACAAGCAAUGUUUGUUACGUAAUUAUUUAUCGCGAAAACUGAUGUGCUGUAUAAAAAUUGCAACGAGAUUACUGUGUAUCGUACUUUAAAGGGUGAAGAAGAAAAGAAACCGACGGGCAAAAUAAAAAUUGCAUUACACUCUGUAGAUAUGUCAAUCGAUCCGUAUAUAUCCAGGUUGGGAAAAGCGUGCAAUAAACAAGCGAGACAUUUUUGAAGAAACCAAAAUGCGAGAGAUUAAGAAACACGUGUCUAUAUUUUGUGACUUUUAUGUCGUGUACGAUGUGUAACGAAUACAUAAAAUUCAAUUUUCGCUGUACGUGGAUUAAGUGGUUUACGAAAGAAAGAGAUCGCGUCAUUAUAUUGCGAGAAAAUGUAUUCAAAGUUUAAAAUUAAAAAACUGACUCGGGCACCAAAUUAAAAUCGGCUUCUAUAUUGUAAAACCUGUAGGACGAAUUAAUUAAGUAACUUAAGCGAGAAUUAGGGAGUGCAUACUUGACAAGCUGAUGAGAGACGGAUAAUUAUGCUGUACUUAUAAACAUUACAAUGUAAAACAUGAUGUAUAGACUUAUUACGAUGGAUUAUGUACUAUUUGCAAUACUCAUUCAUGAAUUACUAAUAUGGAGAUUCUAUGUAGUCACGAGUAAUAGCGUUCGUCAUUAACAACUAUUAUUAUGAUUAUUCAAAAAUUUGAAAAAGAAGAAAAUUAAAACACAUACACACACAUUAAAAUACAUUACACUUAUUCCACGGAAGAACAUAAAAUACACAAACACAUUCUCACACUUAUAUACAACCACCGCAGACAUGUAUAGUGGAAAAUAAAUUUUACCUUUUGACAUGAAAAUGAACAUGACGAAAUAUUUUGUAUCGCUACUUGUAGAUUGCAUAGCAUUAUUUACCGCUGCAUCAUGGCGAGAGCGCGUUUUUCCGCGAGAUUCAUUCACUCAUUUGUUGUAAAAUGUAAAAAAAAUUAUUUGGCAGAUGCUUGGUCGUUAGUUGCAAAACUGCGAAAGACUUCUUGUUUCUUUCUGUGGAAAAUUAUUGCAUGUUUUUGUGUGGAGCGCGAUUCGCGCUCCAUUUUGCGAUCAUUGUAUUUGAUAAUGUGUCGCCGCUGAAAUCGUGCUGUUUUGAUUUGCGGGCGCCGACUGAGCGCUGAUAAGCUGACUUGGAUAAUUAUAUUGCUGCAUGACACUGUGUUUAGACACAUAAUGUGACAUAUAUUCUCACAACACGUUGAUUUACUCCUGCUACGCCAGCAAAUUGCUAGUCUCGUUUGAUUACGCUGUUUAUCCAGAGCAUUCCGAUUACCAUGAUUGUGUUUGGAUUUAUUAUUAUACUCACAUUAGCUCAUGACAAGCAAUAAAAACUUAAU